AUGGACAUCAUGAAUGUCAAGGCCCAGCUUGAGUACUUGGUCUGGGAUCAAUACACCAAAGACAUGAUUGCUUCUGGAGCGUUUGAUUGGAUAGUAGCCAGGAUUGACCCGAAGAAGAAGGACCUGAUUAUUCAAGCAGACGUCAAAAAGGUGCAAAAGAACUUGGACGAUGAGAAGGACAUGUUCUUGCCAUAUGCAGGCUCUGUCAGCAUGGUUCCAUCAAGAGACAGCGUCAAAUUGGCAAAGGUCUUUGGUGUCGAGUUCUUCAUUCAAAAGGCUGGCUGUGAAACACACACACUCUGUCCUGCAUGGAUGGCAAGAGCAGUCACCAGAGACGAUCAGGCAUUCUUUGAAACAAAGGCCUUCAACAAAACCCUCUACAUGUACCUUCAGAGCGAAGACGAACUUGGUGCAUCUCCUCCAACGUCAGAACAUCAGAAGGAGAAGGAGAAGAAGGGUGGUGAUGAUGAUAACUAUGGUCCUGAUGAUGGGAAUUCAGAGCCGGCUCAUCAUGAUUUGAUCCUGUCAUGGGAAAAACCAGAAGAAGAAAGCGCACAGUCGGUGGUUGAAGUGUCGGUGCAUUGGGCUGGGAUUUGUCCUGACCAAAAGCUUGAUUCCAAGUUGAAAGAAAUUGCCAAGGCAAAAGAAGUAAAGGCUCAGAAGAAGAAGGUCCGCAAUCAGAAACGUCGAGCUGGUUUGCAGAAGAAGUUUGACGCGCUGACCAAGAAGAAAGAUGACGUUGGUGCAGCUGCUGUCAAGAAGCAGAUGGACAAACUUGACGGUCAAGGCGAUGAUGAGAGUGAGGAUGGAGGAGCAGCAGUUGAUUUGAAUGAAUGCAUUCCCAUUACUCGAAUGCAAACUCCAGCUGAGUUCGAACAGAAGUCAGCAAGAUCCAAAGCUUUGGCAGAUGCUCUCUUUGCUGCCGAAGAUGCUGCGGCAGAUGCUCUCUUUGGCAUCACAGGCUUCAAAAAAGCCUUGGAAGAGACUGGGCGGUUGGCGGUUGACAUUGCGUGUCAGUUUCAGCGCUCCCUAGAACCCAUGCUGUCCAUCACCAUUUCCAAGUCUCACCGCACCCCCAGCUGA